UUUUUUUUUUUUUAAUCCUUCUGCAGGAGUUGCCGAUCCAAAGGUCUGGCUUAGGAGUGAUCCUGAGCCUCCUGUACCAUCAAGAUCAAGAUCAAGAUCACAACACUGGCUGUGAUUGUGGUGUUGUGCUUGUGGUGGCUAAGCUGAAGGAAGAAUGAUAGCAUCAGAGUCAGGCAGCAGUGAGGAUGUGGAUUCUAGCAUCAAAGCUCAGCUGGAGGAUGAGGUUAUCCGGGAGGCCCUUACUUCUGGCAUGGAUCUGCGGCAGUACUCACAGUCUGUAGAAAAGGAGCUACGUCAGUUGGAGAAUUUGAGUAUUCAGGAUUACAUUGGCAAGGCUCAGAACAUAGCCACACUCCACCACCAGAUUACAGAAUGUGACUCCAUACUUGAGAACAUGCAAGGGAUGUUGGAAGGUUUCUUGACCCAUCUGUCUACCAUCAGUCAGGAGAUACAGUCUCUUCAAGAACAAUCAGCCUCCAUAAAUGUCCAGCUCACAAACAGGAAGCAAGUCCAUAUAGAGAUGUCAACUUUUAUUGACCAACUGAUGGUUCCUGAAAUUAUGAUUCAGCACAUCCUCAACACACCUGUAACAGACAGCCUCUUCAUGCAGCAGCUCAAGGCUCUCAACCAGAAGAGCAAAUUCAUCAAGGAACAAAAUUUUAGAGAUGCCCAUUCCUGCCAAGAUGUACAGGACAUUGUGGACAAGCUCACAGUGAAAGCUGUCACUAAAAUAAGGGAAUACCUACUGCAAAAGAUAUAUCAGUUCCGGAAACCUCUCUCCAACUACCAGAUACCACAGAAUGCUAUGAUUAAGCAUAAGUUUUUCUUUGAAUUUUUACUUCUACAUGCAAGAACAGUUGCUGCUGAAAUACACGAUGAAUAUGUUGAAACCAUGAGUAGAGUGUACAGCUCGUACUUCCAGUCCUACACCAAGCAGUUAUGGAAGCUGCAGUAUGAAGAAGGUGUUACCCGGGAUGAUCUGAUGGGAGUUGAAGACUCUCGUGCCAACAGCUUCUUCACCAAAAGUCUAAAGAGCAGAGGGACUGUGUUCACUUUGGGUACUAGAGAUUCAGUACUCUCACCAACUGGCCUCAUCCAAGACAUUAUUGUGCCACACACUGCUGGCAAAGGGGAGACUAAGUAUGCCUUUGAAGUCCUCUUCCGGAGUCAGCAGUAUGCACUGAUGGACAAUGGGUGCAGGGAAUACAUCUUUCUGACAGAAUUUUUCAUGGUGCAUGAUGCAGAUGCCAUGAAACUCUUCAUGACUGUCAUGGGAAAAACUCUGCAACAUGUCCAGAAAGAAGUCUGUGGUGUGGUGAUGGGCUGCUAUGAUUCUAUUGCCCUGUAUCUCUGUGUUCACCUCAUCCACCAAUACCGCUUACUGUGCCAUAAGAGAGCUGUUCCUGCCUUGGACAAUCAUUGGGAACAACUUCUUCACAUGAUAUGGCCAAGGUUUGAGUAUGUGGUGAAGAUGAACAUCCAAAGUAUUCAAGCAUGUGACCCAUCUAAGAUGGCCACUUUGGACAUGAGGCCACACUAUAUCACACGACGUUAUGCUGAAUUCAGUGGUGCUGUGAUGGUGCUACAUGAAAAGUUUCCCUUGGAGGGUGUGGAUGGCCUAAUGCUGCAACUCCAGGAUGAGGUAGAGAAGGUUAUUCUCAAGAUGGCUGCUGUUUUUCAUAACAGAAAAGAUCAGCUAAUUUUCCUCAUCAACAAUUAUGACAUGAUGCUGUCAGUUCUCUCGGAAAAGACAAGGGAGGACAGCAGAGAGUGUGAACGAUUGAAGGAACUCUUGGGUCAACGUACAGGAGAAUAUAUUGAGGAAGUGUUGGCACCUCAUUUUGGAGGCAUGUUGACCUUUGUGAGGGAGACCGACCACCUCAUUGCCAACAAUAACACUGAAGCUCUCAAGGAUUAUGAAAUACUGGCUGCAGUGGAGAAUUGGGAGCAGACUACAUCCCAGCAGCAGUUCCUGUCUCCUAUGAUGCAGAGUCUGGCCUCUUCCCUGAGAGAGAAAGUUGUUCCUCUUGUGAGGUCUUUUUCAUCAACCUGGAAGAAGUCUGUGGAGCGGCUAAACAAUGAAGUUAUGCAGUGCUUCACCAACUUUCGAACGGGCACUGUAGUAUUGCAGCGUGCCCUUGAGACUCUCAUCACUGCCCACCACACUUUCAAUCGAACCCUGGCCCAUUCAGCCUUCCAUCACCUGAACAUCAAGGCAGAUAUUGUAAACUCUCACCACUUAAUAGUGGAAGCUAAAAAAUACAAGCCAACUUUUUAGGAAAAAGCAUGAGACAUGUAUAGUGCUGCCAAAAAUACAUUAGAUAUGUUGGCAUAUUUGGGAUGAGAUUAAUGUAAUGUCAUAGGUAUGGUUGUGGUACACAUAGAAGUAUUCAACUGCAUAAAUGUGGACUUUCUCUGUGUGGUUAAAGAGCCAGGCAUUUGAACAUCCUAUCUGAUCACUCUUAGCAGGCAAUUUGUUAUUUUUUUGUGAAGAAUAUAUGCUAGACCCCCUGUAUAGGCAACCAUUUUGUUACAUGAUCCUUUGCACAUAGCUGGAAAUACAGUCUACCUUGACUUAUGAGUGCCCCAACUUAGGAGUUUUUUGAGAUAUGAGGUGUCAUUUAGGCAAUUUUUUUUGCUUUGAGUUGUGAGCCAAAAUCUGAGAUAUGAGCAAGAUUCUGAUAUGCUGCCACUAAUUGGCACAGCAAGCACCACAACAAUUACCCAGCAUUCCUUGUCUCACUCAUUCACUUCUUGUGUUUUUGUACAACAUUUGUUAUUUGUAAAUACAUUUUUCUUACAGUAAAUGCUUGAUAUAACAAACAUGUGGGGAGAGAAGAAGAGAGAGAGAUAAAUUGUGGCUGUGUGACAGCCAGUGAAUGACCUUGACAAUGGCCAAUGGUACAGCUCUCUCUCUCUCUCUCUCUCUCUCUCUCUCUCUCUCUCUCUCUCUCUCUCUCUCUCUCUCUCUCUCUCUCUCUCUCUCUCUCUCUCUCUCUCUCUCUCUCUCUCUCUCUCUCUCUCUCUCUCAGAUAAGUUAACACACACAGAGAGAGAGAGAGAGAGAGAAAGGGGGAAGGCAUUGCAUCACUAGCUGUCACAGUUACAAUUGAUCUUUUUAAACAUGCAGUUGACUGUGUGUCAGCCAAUUCUCCCACAUUUAAAGAACUAGGAUGUUAGUAAAAUAAAGCAAGCAUUUGAUAAUUUUGAAAUAUGCCGUAAUUUUUUAGGUUUAGUGAAAUAAAACGAGUGUUUGAUGGCCUUCAAGGGAUCAUUAUACCAGAAAUUCAGUAAACAGGGGUCUGUUGUAUUGAUACUGUAUUUAAAAACAUUUAAGAAAAAAUUUAAGUGUUUUUGGAGGGAUGAAAUGGAUUAAUGGCAUUUCAAUUAAUUUCAAUGGGGAAAACUGAUUUGACAUAUGAGCAAAUUGAGUUACGAGCUCUGUCAUGGAACAAAUUAGACUCCUAAGUCAAGGUACCACUGUGUUAUGUUUGUAAACCUGUAAUAAUGAUUAGGAUAGUGGUUUAUAGAAAGAAAGGUGUAUGUGCAAUAGACUUGCUGACAGUCCAAAGUGUUAUACAGUACAGGUUUUUAAUUCCAA